ACACUCCCGGCUCCGAGCCGCGACAGAGCGGAGCGAACUGAACCACUCACCAGCCGCAGCCGCCGCCGCCCGGUGCGUCAGGCUCUCCGCGCGCAGCGCUCCAGCCUGGCGCCCAAGCACGGGGCUGAGCCAGCGCCAGCUCGGCUCCCUGCAGCAGCAUCCUCCCGCCGCCCAGCCCCCGCACACUCGCUGCCUUUUAAAAGGACUUCCCGACACUUCCCCGCUCUGCCCUGGGAUCCCCCAACCCCGCGCUUCUCGCCACUUCACUUCGCAGCAACUUCGGUGGCCGCGCGCCGCCCGCCCUCGUCCGCCUUUGAAGUUUGCAGCGCCAACCGCAAAGUUGAGACACUCUGGCCGAUUUAAUUUCUCACUUUUAUCUGCCUCCGCUCACACCCACCAGUCCCCUCGGUUCCUGGAUUCUGGUGUGUAGCAUCUUGGGCCGAAGCCGGGGACGUGGACUAUUUUGCUCACCACACCUCAGGGAGAUAUUUUCCCUCUUCCCUCCACUCCAGGAAAAAAAAAAAAAAAGCAAAAAAAACAAACGAAAACAAAUUUCAAGGAUGGUGAUGCUUCACUGGUGUCUGCUGUGGCUGCUAUUCCCACUCAGCUCAAGGAUGCAGAAGUUACCUACUCGAGAUGAGGAACUUUUUCAGAUGCAGAUCCGGGACAAAGCAUUUUUUCAUGAUACCUCAGUAAUUCCAGAUGGAGCUGAGAUUAGCAGUUAUCUCUUUAGAGACACACCUAAAAGGUAUUUCUUUGUGGUUGAAGAAGACAAUACUCCAUUAUCAGUCACAGUGACUCCCUGCGAUGCGCCUUUAGAAUGGAAGCUGAGCCUCCAAGAGCUGCCUGAGGAGGCCAGUGGAGAAGGCUCAGGUGACCCAGAACCUCUUGAGCAGCAGAAGCAGCAGAUCAUUAAUGAGGAGGGCACAGAGCUAUUUUCCUACAAAGGCAAUGAUGUUGAGUAUUUUAUAUCUUCCAGUUCUCCAUCUGGUUUAUAUCAGUUGGAGCUUCUUUCAACAGAGAAGGAUACACAUUUCAAAGUAUAUGCCACUACAACUCCAGAGUCGGAUCAGCCAUACCCUGAAUUACCUUAUGACCCAAGAGUAGACGUUACCUCUUUGGGACGUACCACAAUCACUUUGGCCUGGAAACCAAGCCCCACGGCCUCUUGGCUGAAACAACCCAUUCAGUACUGUGUGGUCAUCAACAAAGAGCACAAUUUUAAAAGCCUCUGUGCAGUGGAAGCAAAAUUGAGUGCGGAUGAUGCUUUUAUGAUGGCGCCAAAACCUGGCCUGGACUUCAGCCCCUUUGACUUUGCCCACUUUGGAUUUCCUUCAGAUAAUUCAGGCAAAGAGCCCCGAUUCCUAGCAAAGCCUUCUCCAAAACUGGGGCGCCAGGUCUACUCAAGGCCCAAGGUUGACAUCCAGAAAAUGUGCAUAGGGAACAAGAACAUCUUCACUGUCUCUGAUCUGAAACCCGACACGCAGUACUACUUUGACGUCUUUGUGGUCAACAUCGAUAGCAACAUGAGCACCGCAUACGUAGGCACCUUUGCCAGGACCAAGGAAGAAGCUAAACAGAAGACAGUCGAACUUAAAGACGGGAAAAUUACAGAUGUGUUUGUUAAAAGGAAGGGAGCGAAGUUUCUACGGUUUGCUCCAGUCUCUUCUCACCAAAAAGUUACCUUCUUUAUUCACUCCUGUCUGGACACUGUCCAAAUCCAAGUGAGAAGAGAUGGGAAACUUCUGCUGUCUCAGAACGUGGAAGGCAUUCGGCAGUUCCAGCUUAGAGGAAAACCUAAAGCAAAAUAUCUCAUUAAGCUGAAAGGAAACAAGAAGGGAGCCUCACUGUUGAAAAUACUAGCUACCACGAGGCCUAGUAAGCAGGCGUUUCCCUCUCUUCCUGAAGACACAAGGAUCAAAGCCUUUGACAAGCUCCGCACCUGUUCUUCAGCCACCGUGGCUUGGCUAGGCACUCAGGAAAGGAACAAGUUUUGCAUCUACAAAAAAGAAGUGGAGGAUAACUACAAUGAAGACCAGAAGAAGAGAGAACAAAACCAAUGCCUAGGACCAGAUACAAGGAAGAAAUCAGAAAAAGUCCUCUGUAAAUACUUCCACAGUCAAAACCUGCAAAAGGCAGUGACCACAGAAACAAUUAAUGGUCUUCAGCCUGGCAAAUCUUACCUGCUGGAUGUUUAUGUCAUUGGACAUGGGGGGCACUCAGUGAAGUAUCAGAGUAAAGUCGUGAAAACCAGGAAGAUCUGUUAGUUACCUUGUAUAGAGAUAUAUUAUGUAGAACUCUGGGAGAGACAGUAAAUCACUUUAAGUACAAACUGGCUACUCCGACAGCUGAGAGAAGAUGUGACCUGUACUUGUGCUAUAUAAGGAAAGGUACCAACUUGCGUAUAUUUAUGUUUAUAUAACUAAUUGUCGGACAAGACUUGACCUAGUGUGCCGAUGCUACCUAGUGUGCAUCUGAUGCCCAGCUGAUGUCAAAGGUAGAGAACCUCUUGAGGGAACUGUCAUCCCUUGCUUUGACCAUUGCAUGAACUGCUUCUAAAUUAUUUUAUAACCUAAAAAUUUAAAAUAUGCCAUUCAUUGCACACACCCACAAAUACAAAUCAUUCCUCUCUAUAGAUGCUAGGAGAUAUAUAUAUAUAUAUAUAAAUUAUUUUAUAAAGUCUUGUCUUAAAUAUCAGUGUUUCUAUGAUUGUAAACUAUUACAUUCUUUUCCUGUUAAGGCACAAAUCUAAUCUAAGUAUUAUUAAGUGGACAGCCCUCUAGACAGUUAUAUUGCUAUUGUAAAUUCUUAUUUGUUGAGUAAAAUGUUUAAAUACUGUAUGUAUCCCAUGUACAAAAAAGUUGACAUACAUUAUAUCCAUGUACAUAAAAUUAAAGAUAUUAGAUUAUAUACUGAUCAUUUUCUCAAGCAGCUACUUUGGUGUGUUCAAUUUCUAUUCUGUCCCUAAAACUGUGCCUUUAUGUAAUUUGGCACCAAAAUUGACAUUUUUUUUUGUUUUUUGAUACUCAAAAAGGUAUUCUCUAAAGUUACUAUGGCAUUAGAUAAGUUGUUAAGGUUUGUAUUUUGACAUUGAAAAGGAGCCAGCUGUUGUGACAGUUGAGACAACUGCCAUGGACUUGUCUUACAAGAAUAGGACAAGACAAAUAUUGCAGCUCAACAAAUAUUACACAAAUUGUCCUUGAUGACCUAAAAUAUAUCAUAUUUUAAGCAUCCGUUUUAAGUAGAAAAUUUGGCUCUUCUAAGUAUUUUCCAUCUGCUUGAAAAUUAGCAAAAUAUUUUAAUUUCUAGAUGAAGCAUCUUGACAACCACCAGUUACAACUGUGGCUGCAACAAGGGAACCACAGAAGCUGCUGUUUUGUGACAUUAACCAUCUGCUACUUUUUUUUUUAAUUCAGUUUUAUUGAGAUAUAUUCACAUGUCAUACAACCAU